AUGAAGAUCUCUCUGUCGGCCCUUCUCGGGCUCGCCAUUUCGGCGCAUGCCUCAACUAUCGAGUACACAACUGUAACGGGAUACUUCCUUCAGGAUGAGACCGUGACCGAUCCCUCAACUUUUGAUUAUACAGCCGUCAACUUCGGCCUCAUCAACCGCACGUACCCGGCGGAUAAAGAGCUUAAGCACCACCAGUCCACGACACAAUGGGAGCGCUUCUACAAUCAAGUUCAGAAAUUCAACGAGGACUCUCCCAAAAACAUUGAAUACAAAGUCCUCUUCCUCGGUCGCCACGGAAAUGGCUGGCACAACUCCGCCGAAACAUACUACGGCACCCCAGCCUGGAACUGCUACUGGGCCGAACUCAACGGCAACAGCACCGUGACCUGGUUCGACGCCGCCCUAACCCCAGCCGGCGAAGCCCAAGCCCUAGUAGCCCACGACUUCUGGCAAAAGCUCAUCGAAGAACAAAAAAUGCACACUCCAGACAACUACUUCGUCAGCCCCCUAACCCGCACCCUCCAAACCGCCAAUCUCACCUUCAAUGGCCUGGACCUACCCCAUGGCUCUGCCGCCUUCGCCCCGGUUAUCAAAGAACUCUUCCGCGAGGGUAUUAGCAUCCACACCUGCGACCACCGCCACAACAAGUCCUACAUCCACUCCAUAUUCCCCCACUGGGCUAUCGAGUCCGGUUUCUCCGAAGAAGACAACCUCUGGAACGGCGUUACAGCCGAGACUAGCGCCGCGCAGGACGUGCGUAGUACCCAGGCUCUCGGGGAGGUAUUCUUCGGCGAGUCCAGCAAGAAGAAAUCGUACGUUUCCGUGACGUCGCAUUCUGGAGAAAUUUCUUCGAUUUUGAGGGUUUUGGGACAUCGGACUUUCAGUUUGAGUACUGGUGCUGUUAUUCCCGUUCUGGUUAAGGCGGAGAAGAAGGAGGGCAAGGCGACUACUACGUCUGUUUCGUGGACUGCUAGUGCGCAUUGUACGGUGGCUCCCAUUACGAGUGUGACGGCUUGUGUUUGCCCUUCUAGUGCGGCGCCGGUCACGACGCCACUUGUUGCUACGGGGUAUUAG